CUCAGCAGAGCUCUAAAAUAUAAAGGCUAUUUAAGGAAUCUCUGAAACUCAUAUUGAAUCUUUUCUUAGAGUAUUCUUACAAACUUGCUGUGAAAAUGGGUUUAACUUUCAACAGAAUGCUUGCAGUUCCAUUUUCAGAAUCUUUCUUGAUUAUUUUGAAGAAAGUAUUGUGCUUACUCCAGGAAAAGGAUCUAUAAUUUCUGACAAAAGAAAUCUCAAAGUAUUGAAAAUGGGAAGGGCAAAAUCAUGUUAAAAAUAUUCAUAUUUUCAGGAAGUCAGGUCAUGUAUUUUAAGAGUGAAUCUUUAUUUGCUAAUGAUGAUUUUCUAUAGAUUUUUAUUAUUCAAGCCUAUGAUAAUGUUACUAUGCUGCUCUUAUAAUAGGUAGGUAUCAGAGAGUAUUUGAUUCUAAUCCAGGUGGCCAUGAGGAAAGAUUUAGAAGGAAGACACAUAGAAAGAGGAAAUACAACAAGUAUAACAGAAUUCAUCUUAAUUGGGUUCCCCAAUUCUUGGGAGAUAGAGAUUCUCCUUUUCCUGUUGUUUUUCCUCCUUUUGGUGGCAACAAUGAUUGGGAACAUGCUAAUUAUAAUUCUGAUAUCAUCAGAUUACCGCCUCCAGUCACCAAUGUAUUUCUUCCUGUAUAACUUGUCCAUAAUUGAAAUCCUGAUAACCCUAACGGUGGUUCCAAAGAUGUUGCAAAACCUCUUAUUGGAGCGGAAGAAUAUUUCCUUCUCUGGAUGUUUAAUUCAGUCAUACUUCUAUUUUCUGUUUGGUACUUCUGAAUAUGUCCUAUUGGCAAUGAUGUCUUAUGAUCGGUAUGUAGCCAUAUGUUACCCCCUUCAUUAUACUACCAUGAUGAAUGAGAAGGUCUGUAUUUCUCUGGUAUUGGCUUCCUGGAUGAGUGGCUUCUUUUCCAUUCUUACUCCCACUGUGAUGAAACUGGGUUUGCCCUAUUGUGGGCCCAAUGUGAUCAAUCACUUUUUCUGUGACAGUGCCCCUUUGCUUCACUUAGCUUGUGCUGACAUUCGCCUGCUGGAGUUUAUUGAUUUCCUUGUCUCACUUCCUAUUAUUCUGGGUUCCCUUUUACUGACAUUGAUCUCUUAUAUUUACAUUCUAAGUACUAUCCUGCAAAUUCCUUCUGCCACAGGAAGGCAAAAGGCCUUUUCAACUUGUGCUUCUCAUUUUACAGUUGUUUCAAUUGGCUAUGGCACCUCAAUCUUCAUUUAUAUCAGACCUUCUCAAACUAGCUCUAUGAAUCUCAACAAAAUUGCCUCUUUGAUCACUACUGCUAUAACGCCUCUGCUAAACCCCAUCAUAUUCACUUUUAGAAAUCAGAAAGUCCAAGAGGUUUUUAGGGACUUUAUUAAAAAGCUCACUCAUAUGACAAAACAUUUAGAGUGAAAAAUCUUUAUGCUUUCCCUAUUAGUUAUAAAUUGUGAAAACAUACUCUUCUCUUUUAUAUGUAUAACAGACUUACAGCUUUGUGAGAAAUGGUGUUGAGACCAAACCAUCAAAUGAGCUCUGCAACUUGAGAAAGGCUAUUACUCCUUUGUGUGUUAUAUUGUAUCAACACAUUGCUUAAUGAUGGUACUGAAUCCAAACAUUCAAAAUUUUACUCAUUUGCUGACUUUUUUUUUCUUUUCUUUAUAUGUUUGUGCACAAAAUCUACAUCUAGAGAGCUUACCAACAAUGAAGCUUUCCAUCAUUUGUAAAAUAUAACCUCGGAGGAAAUCUAGUUAAUACAGAAUAUAUAAUUAUAUUUUUUUCCCUAACUAGAGACAAAGGAAUACUUGCAGAGGUAAAGUAAUCAUAAAAAUCACAUAAUAAAAAUAAAUAUAAUAUUGCUCUUUACCCUUUUUUUUGUACUUUACAAAUAAAUUGUUUUAUAUUUUACUGUCUUGGAUAGAUGGAUAGAUAGAUAAUAGAUAGAUAGAUAGAUAGAUAGAUAGAUAGAUAGAUAGAUAGAUAUGAUAGAAAUAGAUAGAUAGAUAGAUAGAUAGAUAGAUAGAUAGAUAUCUUCCUCCAAGAUAUUUUCAUAACAAAUUAAAAAGUAAGCAGAGAUAGUAUUUAUUCAAGUUAAAUUAUGUGGGUAACCCAGCUUAAAAUUCAUGUAAAAAAAUAAUCUUUUAAUUUUAGUGACAUUUAUUAUUAUGUUUUAAGCCCUAGCAUAAAAACUGAACAUAUAACAAUAAGAAAAAUAAAACACAUUAAUCAGAUUAAAACAGUUAAAUUGAUAUUCAUUUCAGUAGAAGAAAGUGUUUACAAAGGAUGCUUGGAGUUCAUUUCAUUCAUCAUGAUGUUAUGAUGUACACCAAGAAAAAAAUAUUUAAUAGUGCUGUAAAUAAAUUCAAAAGCCAAUGACUGACUGUAGAUUUGAUGUAUAUUCCACCAUUUUUCUUGUUUUGGGAUAAAUAGAAUGUUACUAACUCCCUCUCAAGGAAGACUUUUUGCUAAUUUGUUAAAACAACAACAAUCAUCUUUCCUCCUUACCUCCUAUGUUAUAAAACUAGUAUGUAGUUAUGCCACUGUAAUGUGUGGGGAUCUAUAUGUGAAGUAAUAUGAAUAGUAUGGAAUAUUAUUAUAAAAUAUCAGAAAAUCUCUAUCAUGCUGAUAUUAUUUGCUGCAGCCUUUGGUUGGCAGAAAACAUUGCCUUUUCCAAAACAGUUCGAUCACAGAUUUCUUACAGCCAUUCUUUGAUAUCUGGAAUAAUAUUAUAUUUUCAGUUUCUCAGUAUCAAUCCUUUAGAUACCCCACCAUGUUCAAUACAAUCAUAAUUCCUGAUAAAUAUUCAAAUUUCAAAGUUGUGGCAUUGUAAUGGUAUGUAUGAAUAGCCUUGGAAGACAGAGGAAGAGCUGCACACUAGAUAAUGGUCAAACAAGUAGUAGAAGUAAUGUGGACAUGGCAAACAACCUUCCCUAGUUCCUUGUAUUUUGAGACUUGCAAGAUUAUUAAUGCUUCUGGACUAGGCUAUCUUGCAAGGCUGGCAUCAAUCUUGCAAACUGAAAAGCACGUCUCUUCCCUUCUCACCUUUACAGUUAUAAAUGUAAAUGUUGGAUGAACUAACUUUAAUCUUAGAUCUGUUGAUACUGUUUUAACAUAUUUAUGGAUAUGAGAUUCCAUUCUUUAGUCCAUGUUUGGAAUAACUAAAAAAUGGCGAUUUUAAAUAUAUUUCUGAAAUCUUAAUAAUUAUUUUUGUGAUGAUUUAUGCUUUUUAUUAUAUCAUGGCUUCAUAUUUUACAUUUUUAAUUUACCUGUAUGCUAGUCAGAAAGCUUCAGUUUUUCUUUGGAAAGUUCUGAAAAAAGUAAAAUACAAGUAGGUCUGGACUAGUGUAGCCAAUGAAUCCAACUAAAUAUUUACAUUAUUUAAAUGUGCACUAUGCAUAGCUAUAUUUCUAUAGAAAAUAGGGUAGUUGGUUGUACUUCAAUGGAAAUAGGUAAGAAAAAAUAUUGAACAUAUUUUUUGUUUUAUAUUAAUGAAAUAUAGCAAAGGAUAGAAAAUUGACUAAUUUAAAUGUACAGUAAACAUUGUAUUAUUAUAGAAAGCAAAAUAAAAACAAAUAAAAAUAUACACUGUUUUCCUGUAAUCUUUUUUCCAUUUUUUAAACACACAAAUUAGCAACAUCUAAAGCUUCAAUUGCUUGUGUGCUGGCUUCACAUUAAUUAAAUUUCGGGUCACAUUAAACAUGAUCUGCAUUAUGAAAAGAUUUAAAAUUUAAUAUUGAAAUAUAGUAAAAAUAUGUUUUUUUGAAUGAUAGAUUAUUUUUUGUUUCUCUCUCCCUUUUUUGCUUUUCUUUUCUUUUCUUUCUUUCCUCCUUGGUUUAUCUAUACUCUUUUUCCUUCGUAUUGUUUUUUCUUUUUCUUCCUUAGUAUUUUUUUUAUGUGUUUUUAAUAUUAGGGGUGGUAUAAUUAGGAAAAGAUUGAAAUAAUGGAAGAGAUGAAAUUAAUAAUUGGAAAAUUAUUGAAUAAGAAUAGAAUAUAGUUGAGAGAUGUAAGAAUUUAGUUAUGGAAAUAAUAUGUUUAAAUAAGAGAAACUUGGGAUACCUGAAUAGUAUAUAAAUGUAUUAGUUUAAGUUUAAAUGUUUGAAAAAUUAAUAAAGCGUAAAACAGGAUCUUAUGGGAUAGAUAAUAAGCUGUUGAAAUUUUUUUAUUGAUUAAUGGAAUCUAUAUGUAGUGAUAUAUUAAUGAAUGAAUUUGUUUUAGAAAUGUAUUAAUUUGAAUAUAAUACUUUAAAUAGAGAGAGUUAGUUUAAGUUUAACAUUUGAAAAACUAAUAAAAUGUAAAAUAGGAUUCUAUGGGAUAGAUAAUGAGUUGUUGAAUAUUUUUUAUUCAUUAACGGAAUUUAUAUAUAUGAAUUUGUUUUUAGAAAUGUAUUAAUUUGAUUAUAAUAUCCUAAAUAGAGAGAGAGGGGAAUUUCAAGGAAUAUUGUGUGAGCUGUAUAUUUAUAAUGUUAUUGUUUUUAAUUGA